CUGAGGACUAGGGCGCGUGAGCCAUUGGGUGGAGCAGCAACGUCGCGUGCUGCGGCUUUCAUUCAGUAGGUCGUUCGAGCUGCGCGCGGUUCGGUUGCAGAUGCAGGUCGCUGCGUGUGAGCGCGAGGCGGAAUAUGGCGAACGAGCACGGGCGGCGGUGCGCCUUGUGAGGAUACCGUAGACACCCGGAGCGGUGGCGGGCGGCAGCUCGAGGACAGACAGGAGACGGAAAGGAGCCAUGGAGGACUCGGAGCCCGCAGAGGACGGCUUGCUCGCGGGCUUGCGAUGGAACCGGAGCGCACGGGACCAGGCUCAGUUGAAACACAAGAUCCGGGAUCUGCCAGGGUUACUCAAGCACGGGCUGCACCUGCGGAAGAAGAGCCAAUCACCUGACACUAUCCCCGGACCGAGCACUGGACCUACAGUACACAAGUCAUGUUCCCAGAGUUUUCCAUGUGCUGGUCGCGCUGUGAGGAAUGCCUUCGUCUCUCAUGGACCAUACCCGGCUAAAGACAAGAUACACCUGGCCAGAAUCAUACGGCGCAGCUACGUGGGUGUGGAGCUGGUGCAGUGGCUGUGUGAGCAGUGUUUGUACGUGCGCUGCCGGACCACUGCUGUGCGCAUCUGGCAGGUGCUGCUGGAACUGGGAGUCCUGCUAUCUGUAGACCAGCGGGUGAUGUUUUCAGAUUCCAACUCUUAUUACCAGUUCAGCUUUGAGGAGUGUGACUCCGCCUCCUGUGACUUUCGCUCCAAUGAGGGGGAGUGGCCAGAGGCGGUUAGGCUCCUCCUUCAACUUGCCCCGUACAUCCAGUUUCGCUCUGGAGGCGGAGCCAACAGCCCGUCAGAGGAGGACUCUGAAGGCAACAGGGACAUCUGCAGUGAGAUUCUCCAGAUGAAAGCUCUUGAAAGGCUCACUUCUACGGUACAAUGUGAGUUGGCUGCUGCUCUUGCCCGAAAGACUCGCAAAGCUUUGUCAGAGCAGGACUCUGAAACGACGGAGACGAGCCAACAGGAACCACAGACACUCAGCGAGGAGAGCAGCCCGCUGAGCGGGGUGUGUGCACUGCGGGGUGGCGGUGGCAGCGGUGGCGGCAGCAGCGGGGGAGGAGGAGGAAUGGGAACUGUGUGCGGCCGCGAGGAGCUGACCAGCCGGCUGGGGCUGGAGGCCGUUCAGCGGCUGGCCAAGGAUGGCUGUCGGCUGCUGCAGAACCACAACUACCGGCUGCCGGACAGGAACCAGGCGGAGGCGGUGGGGAGGGUUUGUCUGAAGGAGAGAGGACGGGAUGUGCUGGUGUUGCGGAGAGUGACAUCGUCAGUGACGUCGCCGUCAGACCGGCCUUCACCCACGUCGUCAGGGGGCGGAGCCAGAGAGGAGGAUUGCGACAAGAGGUAUGUGGUGGUGUCGGGGACACCGCUCAAGAUCUUGGAGCAUCUGCUGAGUGACCUGCGGUUGGACGACCAAAGAGGGGCGCCAGAGAGUAGGGAGAGCGAAACACUGCUGGAUGACUUCCUGUUGACUUACCUGGUGUUCAUGUCCACCAAUGACCUCUGUCAGGCUCUGCUAGGACACUAUAGCAGUGCUCGCUGCAGGGCCAGGGAGGAGGGCAGAGAUGCCCUCUUCAGGAAGCGUAAAGUACUGCAGCUAGUCUCCCUGAGCAGGCUCUACAAGGACUGCCUGAAGGAAGAGGAGCACGUCAGGAGCUUCAUGAAGACCUUGUACAGGUGUGUUUUAGAAGAUCUGUAUGAGUUCCCCACACUGGAGAAAGACCUCCAGGAGUUCCAGAAACUUCUGCGUCGCAGACAUACUGUCGAUGACUGUCCUCCAAGCCAAAAGAGUAAACAAAUGUAUCAGCAGUUGAGUUUGAAGGAAAACAGUUUGCAAGUCAGAAGUCCACCGACUGAUACUCGAGAGGUCAUUUGUUGCGUGCAUGUGAGCGCUGACUCCUACCUGAGUGUCCACACACAUCCUUCACUGGAGGCCCACGAGCUGCUAAGAAUUGUGGGUCUGAAGAUGGACAGAGCAGAAGAAGACAUGGUGCUUGCUGUGAAGUCGCACACUGGAGAGCGGAGGGUGUUACAGCCCAGUGACUGUGUGUAUUCAGAGUCUCUGACCCCACAGGGAAAGCUUGUGGCCUGUCGCAGGGAUCUCACUGAGAUUCUGCCUCCUUUAACGGACAGUGCUGAGCUAAGCAAGAGGCCGGUGAGACUCCUAGGUAUUAACACCUGGGAUGUGGCAGCUGCUCUCACACACCUGGACUGGAGCCUCUUCAAAUCCAUCCACGAGCAAGAGCUCGCUUACUACACCCUCAGCCGCGUUCCCGGUACCGGCCACACGGCAGCGCUCUCAGUGCUGCUGCAGCGCUGUAAUGAGGUCCAGCAGUGGGUCAUGUCGGAGGUGCUCAUGUGUGUGUCACUCAACAAGAGAGUACAGCUGCUUAAGAAAUUCAUCAAGAUCGCAGCUCAUUGUAAAGCCCAAAGAAAUUUGAACUCUGCAUUUGCCAUCAUCAUGGGUUUAAACACAGCAUCUGUAAGCCGACUCAACCAAACCUGGGAGAAAUGUCCGGGGAAGUUCAAGAAGCUUUUCUCAGAGUUGGAGCUCAUCACGGAUCCAUCUCUGAACCACAAAGCCUAUAGGGAAGCCUUCAAGAAGAUGAAGCCUCCCAAGAUCCCUUUCAUGCCUCUUCUCCUGAAAGAUAUCACAUUCAUCCAUGAGGGAAAUAAGACCUUCCACGACAACCUGGUCAACUUUGAGAAGCUGCAUAUGAUCGCAGACACAGUGAGAAUGAUUCGCCACUGCCAAAGCGACCAGCCAGGCAACGAGGUAAUCGGGGUCGACAGUGCGGAGGUGAGGGCGAGCGUUCAUUACCUGCACAUUAUCGACAAUCAACAGACGCUUUUCGAGCUGUCGCACAAGCUCGAGCCACGCGCUUAAAGACAGACGCACACAAACCCUCACAGACGCACAAAAGCAAACACACUGGACACAGUGGAAACGCUAGCACCGAGUGUGUGUGACAUGGAGAACGCGUUUCCCCACACUGACACAUACACUGCAACGAAGUCACACCACCAGCUGGGGUGCCAAGUGGACUGUAAGGUGCCAUGUAGACCCAUGAAGACCGGUUCCCUAAAGGCUUUAUAACCCUGAUCAUGUCUUUAUAAAGGAGAUAUGGUUAAAAGAUUUAAGUCCCUACAUGCUUUGGGAGGAGAUGCAGCAGCAAGACGGAGGGUGCCAAAUGGAGACGAAGAGAAUAAGAGUUUGUAUAAUUAGUUUGUACAGUAUCUAUUGGACUGAAUAGUUUUGUUAUUGUGAUAGUUUUUUGGUUAUUUAUGAGCCUGUUUCACAGGUGGAAUGUUUCUUUAUUUCUGUUUUUCAAGUCUCGUACAGCCCCCUGGAGGCCAACAAGGACAUAACAGCCUUUUCCUCAGUUACAAACACCGAACAAUCUGUAGACGAGUUAAAUGUGUUUAUUACCUAAUGGCCACAAUCUUCCCCAUCACUGGUCUCAUAUAAUUUCAUCUGCAUAUCACAUACCUGCCUCAAGAUGCAUGCAUAUCCAGGAUACAUGCCAUAGUUGUUUAGGCGUAUGAUGUGGAGCUUUUUUCUGGUUAUUGUGUUGUAGCAUAUUAUGUAAAGCAAGCAGCAACCAGGGCCGGAGCAGUACAACACGUUAACAUACUGACAUCUUUUUCCCUUUUUCUCACUGAGGUUUUUGCCUGAAAAUGUGCAGCCUCAGUGAGGGACAAAAGGUGCAACGUCAACAGUGUCUGGCAUGUGAAGGAGGCUUUGUGAGAGGUUUUUAUUGACUGACUGAUGUUGGAAACACUCAAACGGUCCUGAACAUGCCAGAGUUCAUAAACUUUGGAUGAGUAGUGAAUGGUUUUUGGUUCUCCUUUACGUUUUAGAGUCCUGUUUGACACUCCUCAUGCGCUCUUCUCUAUAAUGUUUUUAGAUAAGGAUCAUUUUACAUUGUAUAUAAUAUGGACCUAUAUAUUUUUCAGUGCCAAAUGUCACAACGAGUCCUGCAGCAUAGAUAAACUGUAGAUCUCUUUUUUUUUUUUACCACAGAAUUAGAUUUUCUUGGUUGAGCCCUGAUAUGACGUCUGAUCUGCGAUCAUGUAAAACAGAUAAGACUGCUCGCAAAGAUGCUUUCUGACAUUACAAUGACUGGUUUCAAGGUAUGUGAUGGUAUCACACUCUCAUUGGGUUGCUAUGGAAACAUAGCCCCAUCACAGAGCUAUUUUUCUUCUUCUUUUUUUUAAGUUAAGCGCCACAGACCUUUGCUAGGACAAAGCUUUAUUCAAGAAAAUCAUGUUCGUGAGGAGAUUUCUUUAUUCAUUCUUACUGAAAAUACCCUUCAAUCAGAAGUUGCCUUGUGUAAACUGUCUGGUAAAACCAACACAGGGUGUGGACAGAAUAAUGGAAGCACAAGGGCACAGGCCGGUAUAGUAAAACCUUCUCGCUCUCUCUCAGCUUUGGUUCACCCAACAAUUUCACUCUUAGCAUCCUUUCUGAACCAAACAUAUCCUUAAAAACAGCUUCUAUUUGUAAUUAAAAUCACUGAGGGACUCGUCUUGUCUUGUUGCUAAUCUCAGUCUGUCGUCACCGGGAAAGAAAUGCAGCAUGGAAUGAGGAGAAUCGUUCAGAAAUCAUAUUUGAGUGACAAUACAUACAUACAAAUUGAAGACGCACCUUCUAAAACCACAACAUCACAUCUGACUGACCUUUUUAGUGUUUUAGUGUUAUUUUGUCCUUGCCCUGUACAGUGUAUGUUCAUGCAUAGCCAGUCACUCCAGUGGUACAUUUCUGCUGUGGUAACAUCCAAAGGCUAAUAACUCUUAAAUGUUCUGUAGCAGUGCAUGUCCUGCAUUGUUUGGAUGGUUAUAACUCACAGGGCCAAAGUGCAAUACAGUAGUAAUGUUGUUGCCACAAAUGUCAUCAUUUCAGCACUAAGCCUUUCAGGGCACAUAUUGUCUCUCUUCUGCAGAUCUUAAUGAAUCAAAUGGACACGGGAGGACCGGGAACUCCCAAACAUCUUUAGCGCCAAAAACAUCUUUUGGUUCGUUGUCAGAAAAAUAUCAGAGACGAUCUCGAGACUCACGUCUAACUAUGAUUUGUGUGUUAUGAGCAUCUUAGUCCCUGUGCUUUAAAAACAGACCUAUUGUCACUGACACGUCUGAUGGUCACCCACAUUGAUUAAUACAUUGAAAACUUACUUGAAAGAUUUCUUGGGCAAUUUAAGUAUUUAAAUGUAUGCGGAUGUAGGAUUAAGUGUUACAUGUGAAUCUUGAGAUUGUUUCUCUCCAGGAGUUACUCAUAUCCACAAAUAUUUCAUAAACCAUUGAAGAUUAUAAGAAAAAAUAAAAUAGGUAGAUUCCCCCUUUAAAGGGAGACUAUUUAACUUUUGCUGUCUAAAUUGUGCUAACAGUAGCCAACAGACCAAGUAAGGCUGUCCUGUAGCAGCAAAACUCUUGAGGGCGUUGACUUGAUUUCAUUGUUUGGAAGUUGCGUCGUUUCAUUUUGAAGAUUCUUUGACUGCUAAAGCGGAGAAAUAUGAGCCAUGGUCUGUUCAUAUUCAGUGUCAUAGAAAUGCCUUGUUGUAGUUAUUUUUACUAUUUACCUGUAGAUGACACACACAUGCACACAUACACCUCUGCUCAUUGUGUUUAAAGAGCAGUAUACUUGUGCUUUAUUACUUAUUUAUUGUAAUAUAUUGUUUAUUUAUGUAUUUUCGAGGUGACAAAAAUUCAUGUGCCAUGUUCAGAGAUUCAUAAAUGUGUCAGUUCAUUCUCGAUGAGACAACACGUUUGUGGUUUGAAGCUGCAACGCUGGAAUGUAAAAGUACUUGUAGUUAUGUUUUGUGGUCACUUGAGAGCAGUAGAAGAGCACGUUGGUGUGAUGACGCUCUUCUCGUUCCUCUGGUGUCGAAUGCUGCAGCGGACAGGAAACCAACAAAAAGGUGUAUUUAGUGUUUUAUCGGCCGUAGUCAUGACUGUAAAGUUACGUUUUUUUAAAGAAAUGUUGUUUAAAACCUGUUUGCAUGUUAAAACAAAACACACAAAGUUCACAAUGCUUAGAGAGGAUACAUUGAAGGCUUUGUACUAUUGUAAUAUUGUUGAUGUGUAAAUAUAUGCCCAUGUUUGGUAUGUUGUUAUUAUUUAUCAGUUGUAAAUGAAAAAUUAGUCAGUCACAAAGCAAUACGUCUCCCCUCGUGUCCCCUCAACCUUCUGACAGCUGAAGCCACAUGUCUUUUCUAAAGCUGCGUUUUACUAUGUCAACAUUUGACUGAAAAAUAAUAAAUGAUAGGUUUUAUGUGACA